GGCGCCGCACCUCCCGAACCGCCCACGAACCGCAAGCUGACCCACUUUCCCCCACCUCGACCUCGCGCGCCUAGGGUUUCGUCUCGCGCCCCACCACCACCGCCGAGAUGCCGAAGAACAAGGGUAAGGGAGGCAAGAACCGGAAGAGGGGAAAGAACGAGGAGGACGACGACAAGCGUGAGCUGGUUUUCAAGGAGGACGGGCAGGAGUACGCACAGGUGACGCGCAUGCUCGGCAACGGCCGCUGCGAGGCCAUCUGCGUCGACGGCACGCCCCGCCUCUGCCACAUCCGGGGCAAGAUGCACAAGAAGGUCUGGAUCGCGGCAGGCGACAUCGUCCUCGUCGGCCUCCGCGACUACCAGGACGACAAGGCCGACGUCAUCCUCAAGUACAUGAACGACGAGGCGCGCCUGCUCAAGGCCUACUUGGAGCUCCCCAGCCUCAACAAGGGCGUCGACGUCGACGGGCCCGAGGACGGCGAAGAGGGCAGCGACUACAUCCAGUUCGAGGACGAGGACAUCGACAAGAUCUAAGAUUCCUGUUUCUCCUUGCGAUUACUUUCUUAUUUCUUAUAAGUAGUAGCAUGUGGUGAUAUGGUUUAGGCUUGUUGUUAUGGAUUUGCACUAUUGCCAGCAUGCGUGGUUAGGAUCUGAGGCCAUUAAAUAAUGGCGGAUUAAUUUUGGUUCGAUCUGGUACAUGCUGUUAUUACUAGUGGUUCCAUUAUUGUUCUUGAUUGUGUUCUUGCUUGGUUGUUUGCCGUUUUGUUGCAA